AUGGAAGACUAUGGUUUCUGCAACAGGGUUUUUCAUGAGAACAUGAAAAGCCCGUCAAUAGACUAUGUUGGUCUCACAGCAAUAGCAAUGGACCAGACAAUAACAAACGCAACCAACACUUACGAGUAUAUUUUGGGUCUUCUAAAGAACACGACUGACCAAUCAUUGAGGAAUGUUCUUGUUGCAUGUGAGAAUGCUUUUGGUAUAGUGAAGUCGUCUUUCGGGGCUGCCUUGCAAUCUUUUAACAGGAAAGAUUAUGAUGAUAUGUUCAAGCUUGAACGGGUUGCACCGAGAGCACAAGCCAGCUGUGAAACGAGUUUCACUGCACCACCAAGUCCUCCAAAUCCUUUGGCUGAAAGGAAUAGGGAGAUGAGGAUUCUGAUUACCAUGGCUAUUGCCUCUGGAAAGGAAAUACUAAAGCGUUGA